AUGGAGGUGGACGAGCAGGCGGGUGCGGCGGUGAUGGCGUACGCUCUGGCCUCGAUCGCCGACGAGGCCGCGGGCGCGGGGGAGACCGCGGCCGCGCUCGCCGUGCUCUGCGACGUGCUCGCGAUCUCCGGCCCGGACCUCAUCCUCACCAUCCCCUCCGCGGGGCUAGCCAGGCGCCUCCCCGCCCUCGUCGCCUCCGCCGCGGGAGGGGAAGGCGACGUGCCGCUGCUCGCCGCGCGCGCCAUGGCCGAGGCCGUCGAGGGGGCGCCGCAGUGGGCCGCGCGCUUCGCGCAGAACGGCGCCGUCGAGGCGCUCCGCGGCAGGCUGCUCGCCAUCGACUACAUCGAGCUUGCCGAGGAGGAGGCUUCCCUUUGUCUUUGUAUUUGGCAGUGCUUGCGAGCUCUGGACGCGAUAUCUUUACAAUGCCCUGACGAUUGCCUCCGCCGUGGGGUGGCAGCUGCUGUGCUACAGUUCUUCGACUUCUUUUCAACGAGCAAGCAGAAAGUGGCACUCCGGAUCGUCUCAAAUAUUUUCAAUGAUUACGAUGAAGAGUAUGCACCCACGGUCAUGGAGGCUGUGCCUGCUCUGUGCAACCUCCUGCAAUCUGCUGAUAAGACGAUACUCGAAUCCACUAUUUCUUGCUUGGCAAUGGCCGCUGCUGGCGCUUCCGGAAAUGCUGAACACAUGGGAAAGCUAUGCGAAUCUAAUGCAGUCGAGGCAACGAUGAGCUUGAUGAAUAACGAUGGGUGGAAGAGCAUCAGUGAUGAUACCUUAACUGGCAUUCUUGGGCUGCUGAAAAAUCUUGCUUCCGUCUCUGCAAAGGCUGUGAAGUCUCUUUUCGAGUUAGAUGUUUGUGAAUUGCUCAAGCAGAUGAUAACUUAUUAUAGUUCCCCGCACAAUGAGAAUGAUAAGUUGCAGAUGCUUGUCAAGCUCAUAUACCAGCUUAUGCCACCUCUCGAAACAUCUGAUCAACACGCUGAACUAGUCACUGCAAAGAAAAAUGUCAUCAUAGAACAAACAACAUACAUUCACCAGCUUACUAGCGUCGUUACCCUUAUAAUACAGGUUGCAAAAUGUGCUGCACUAUCAUCAAUUUGCUACAACUGUGUCGUUGUCAUCAGCAACAUUGUUGAAUUAAGCACCUCUACUUUCCUGAUGGAGUUACAGAAGACUGUAAAUCUCUCAAGCUUUCUUGCUUGUUUGUUGGCCCGGAAAAACCGUCAUGUUGUGUUCCAAACACUCAAGAUUUCAAGGACCCUCCUGGAAAAACACCACCAGUUUUUCUUUGAGACCUUUACCAAGGAGGGUGUGAAGCAUGCAAUUGAUGCAAUAGUAUCACAAGAAAAAAACUCAAGUCACCAGUCAAAAAGAAAGAACAACACGCAAGAAAGUUGCCUUUGCUUUGACCUUUACUUGGAGUCUUCCUCAACUGAUGAGGCAUGCAGGAUUGAGAACAAUGCUGUCAUGAAACUAGCAGAAGAUAUAAAGGAAAGCUUCUUGGCGGUGAAAGGAAGUAAAAAAUCUCCUCAUAGGUUUGGAUUUGCUCUUAAAAGUGUCAGAGACUUUUUUGCUAGGUUGAAUGUUCAUGCCGUGACAACCCCUGCUGAAAAUCCAGAUAGCUGCAAACAGUUGUCUGAUCUUUCAAGGAGAUUAUUGUCAGAUGAACUGCCAGUUACUUCUACUUUUGAGUUUGUAGAGAGUGGGAUUAUCAAAUAUUUGGCAGGUUAUCUCUCAAACGAUGCAUACGUCAAUGCAAAUCUCCAGAAUGGACAGGAUUUGCUAGGGCAGCUUAAUGAGGUGCGGAGUCGGCUGCAGAAAUUCACCUAUUUGGCUCUCACCGUGUCAGAUGAAAGCUCAGGGAAGCCCCUUGGGAUUUUGGUGGAGAAGCUACUAGACGCCUUGCACAUGUGCUAUGACAGUUUUCCUGUAAUGCUAUCUGAUGAACAGUCUGCACGUGAGAGCAUGAUGAUUCCGCUGAGAUAUCCUGAGGAACCAACGACACUGGAGUUAAAAUUUCGAAGGUCGCAGAGGGAGAAGGAAUUGCGCAAUUAUGAUGAUGUUCGCAGUGUCAGCCUUUUCUCAACACCUGAUGCCAUUGAAGCAGUUCUCUUGACUGAGAUUUGUAAAAGAACUGAUCAGGAACCUGCAUCCAAUUCCAAGAAAUCCAAUCAAGAGAAGGAAUCAAAUCAAAGCAGAAAGUUAGUCGAGUCCAAAAAUGGUGACGGGAACAGAUCCUCAAGUCUGAAAUUCUCUUACAAUGGCACGAAACUCCAGCCAUCUGCAACAUUUUUUGAGUCAAUCCUCCGUCUAAUGAACAAGGGACAAUCUGAUCUAUCGAUUGACCCAUAUUUCUGGGAUGAAGAACACAAAAUAACAUAUAGGAGGAGAAACAAAAGCAAGGAUCUCUCUUCCCGGAGUUCCUAUAAUUCUCAGUUAUCCCAGGUGCACGAAAAGUUUCAGCAAUCAUGGCUGAAGGACCCAUUUUUCUCUACCAUACUUCUUGGCAACCUUCCUGGUCAUCUGGAUGUGUCUGAUCCAUCAUACAAUUUCUUGUUCAUGCUGAAAGUUCUUGAAGGGCUGAACCGUUUUUCAUAUCAACUGUUGAUGGAUGAACAGAUAUGCAAAUUUGCUGAAGGCGCUCUACGAGAUAUAAAUGAUCUUAAGGUGGCAAUUUCUCCAAUUCCACAGCAUCAGUUCAUGAGCAGUCUUCUGACGAAUAAGCUAGAACUGCAAAUGCAAGAUAGCUUGUUUGAGGAUGGCCUCAUACCCUCAUGGUGUGUCUAUCUGGUUGAGAAUUGCCCAUUCCUGUUGUCCUUCGACACGCGGUGGAAGUACUUCUGCCUGACUGCGCAUCGCUCAUUCAUGACAGACCAGGUUAACAGUACUCCGGACCAGGUUAACAGUCAUCCAGACCAGGUUAAGAGUCCUCCACAAACUAAAAAGUACAGAGUAACCCGGAGUUCUAUCCUUGAAGGUGCUGUAUCAAUGAUGACCAAUCAUGAUCCAAGCAGCAGAAUCGUUGAGGUGGAAUUCGAAGGAGAGGUUGGGACUGGGCGAGGUCCAACAUUCGAAUUCUACACUACAAUUUCUCAUGAACUUCAAAGAGCCGAGCUUGGAAUGUGGAGAGGAGACAGCAGUGAAUCUGGCUUCAUGCAUGCUCCUUUUGGACUAUUUCCAAAGCCGUGGUCGUCAUCAAGCACUUCAUCGCGAGAGAUUGAAUUUUCUAAUGUGCUACAGAAAUUCAAGCUUCUUGGGCAUCUUGUAGUGAGAGCAGUUCUGGAUGGAAGGAUCCUUGACAUCCCACUUUCUAAAGCAUUUUACAAAAUCAUGCUCGAGCAGGAGCUCGAUAUAUAUGACAUCCCAUCGUUUGAUCCUGAGCUGGGCAAGGCAGUAAUAGAGUUUCAAGCACUUGAUAACAGGAAGAAGUUCUUGGAGACAUCUUCAAGAACAUUUAACCCUACUGAUGAUUUGUCCUAUAAAAACGUGAAAAUGGAGGAUUUGUGCCUUGACUUUACUCUUCCUGGAAAUCCUGAAUAUGAACUUGUUCCUGGAGGCUCGGAGAACAUGGUGACACUUGACAAUUUAGAGGAAUAUGUAUAUCUGGUUCUUGAUGCAACACUGAAGAGCGGUAUUGCCAAGCAGAUAGAAGCUUUCAAGUCCGGAAUUAAUGAGGUUUUGGCCAUUAAGACCCUCAAAAUGUUCACAGAGGAAGAAAUGGAACGCGUACUAUGUGGUGAACAUGAUUCUUGGGCUUCAAAGAACCUUGAGGAUCACAUUGAGUUUGAGCAUGGCUAUGACACGAGCAGUCAAUCGAUUAUUAAUUUCCUGGAGAUAUUGCGGGAGUUUGGAAGAGAGGACCAGCGGGCUUUCAUACAAUUCACUACUGGAGCGCCUCAACUCCCGCUUGGCGGCCUAGCUUCGCUUGAUCCCAAGCUCACUGUCGUCCGAAAGCAAUGUGAUGGCAAUGUAGACGACGAAUUGCCAAGUGUCAAUACCUGCCGGCACUUUAUCAAGCUCCCUCCUUACUCCUCGAAGGAGAUAAUGAGAAAGAAGCUCCAAUAUGCCUUUACAGAGGGUUUAGGCUCCUUCCAUUUAUCAUGACAAAAGGCAUAAGCGUACGAGAUGAUGGGAAAACAAUGUACAUAAAAGAAGGUGUAGGUAGCCAUUCAUUAUUAGUGAUUUUAAAAGAAUUGCAUAACCGCGUUGGUGUCAAUAGUCACUAGACUUAUCAAUCUUCUGAUUUGAUGAUUUUUCUGGUUGGGGAUUAGCUGCUAGAGAUGUAACACAAAAU